CCCUCCCCCUCCCUUUCCCCCCCUUCCCUUCUCCCCCCAUGGACAUGCUGGAUCCCGGCCUGGACACAGCCACCGCCUCCGCUGCAUCCAGCCACGAGAAAGGUCAAGAAGGUGAAGAGGGAGUCGAGCUGCAGGAAGGAGACGGCACAAAUGCGGAUGAGCAGACUGCAGUGGCCAUCGCCAGCGUCCAGCAAGCAGCCUUCACAGACCAUAAUAUCCAGUACCAGUUCCGCACAGAGAACAAUGGAGGACAGGUAGCAGAACCCUCGUCAGGGAGCUUGGCUUUUAACUGCGUGGGUACGGCGGAAGGGGUGACAUAUAGAGUCGUUCAGGUGACGGACAGUCAGCUGGAUGGACAGACAGAUGCGACGGGGGCAGUCAGCGUGGUCUCGACAGCAGCUUUCACCAGUGGCCAGCAAGCUGUUGCUCAGGCUGUGAUCCAGAACCCCUUCAGCAAUGGCGGGAGCCCGGCCACGGACGCCGUCAGCGGCGAGGCCCGGUUUGCGUACUUCCCUGCCUCCACGGUGGGGGACGCCACAGCGGUGUCGGUGCAGACGACAGAUCAGUCGCUGACGCAGGCCGGAGGCCAAUUCUACGUGAUGAUGACCCCGCAGGACGUGCUGCAGACAGGGACGCAACGUACCAUCGCCCCCCGAACCCACCCCUAUUCCCCGAAAAUGGACGGGACGCGGACGCCGCGGGACGAGAGGAGACGAGCCCAGCACAACGAAGUUGAACGAAGGAGGCGGGACAAAAUCAACAACUGGAUUGUCCAGCUGUCGAAAAUCAUUCCAGACUGCAAUACAGACAACAGCAAGACGGGGGCGAGCAAAGGAGGCAUUCUGUCUAAAGCCUGUGACUACAUCCGUGAACUGCGCCAGACGAACCAGCACAUGCAAGAGACUUUCAAAGAAGCCGAGCGGCUGCAGAUGGACAACGACUUGUUACGGCAACAGAUCGAGGAGCUGAAGAACGAAAACGCCCUUCUCAGAGCACAGCUGCAGCAACACGGGAUUGAGAUUGUGGGAGAUGCCCCUGGGCAGUAGCCCCCUCCCCAGCUGCCCACUUUGCCACUGCCUCUUUACACAGGAUCUCAGCCUCCAGUUCUACUCAUCCUUUUGUACAGAGAACCCCCUCUGCUCUGAACGAACGUUGCCUCCCUUCCCGUCGCGUUGGGGGUAAACCGAGGGGAGCGGCAAAAAACCCGGGGAGUGGGGGUGGAAGAGCCUGAUCAAGGGGCUCAUCAGCCCAGCCACGGCAGCCUUCUCCCCCCAACCUCACUUCCUGUUGUCUUCCCCUCCUGACUUCCUUCCUCUCCUUAGGAUACGUUAAGAUUAAACAGACAAAAGAUGCAUUUUUUUAUAGUAGGUUUUUAACACAGGUUAGCCAGUUUCCACUUGCCUCCCCUUUUCCCCGCUGGAUCUGUGGGGUGGGGACAUUUCCCCCUCCUCUGAGAUGGGCUGUUUCAAAAGCUAUUGGAUUCUUUCUUCUCACCGUCUUGCCAGUUCAAAGCCUCUCCAAGGGCAAACCCACCGUGUUGAUUUGGCCAUGGGGGGAGAAAAGGAGUAGGGGUUUGGUUUUCUCAGGUUUGGCUGCUAGCCCAAGAGUGGGUGAGGUUGGACACCCCCCCCCCACGCGGUUUGGACACGAUCCACAGGUUAAGUAGACACCCCACCCCUGCCUUUGAGGCGCCCUGAAAUGAAAGCUCUUCAGGUGAAACUCAGUAGCAGGUUAGUUGGAAUUGGACUUACGAUCAGGCCAACGGGUUAUUUUAUGGAGGGAGCUUUGUGCCAUGAAUCAGGGGGAGGUUGCAGUUCGGUUUUGCCUCUCCGGCCAUGUCCACUAACUCUACCCCUCUGUUUUCCCACCACUCCAAACUUGUAAAAUAAUUAUGAUUAAGGCACAGCGGAGUUCAGUCCUAAAUCUUACUACUGUCUCCUUCCUUCCUUCCCUCCCUCCCUUUAUUUCCUUCCUUCCUUCUCUUUCUUUCCUUCCUUCCUUCUUUCUUUCUUGUAAGUAAUCUCUUAUUUUAUUAGUUCCCAAGCGCGUUUGUAUAGAGGUACGGUGUUUGUAUGAUAGCUGAAACCCAGGCCAUUAGAAAGAGGUUUUUUUUAGUGGUGGAUUGACUUGACAACAGGGUUGCUUUUGUGUGUGUUUUUUGAUAUUAUAUAAUUUUUUAAUUAAACUUCAGCAGUGUUUUAGAUUUCAGGUUAAGAAAAUAAUAAUAAUCAGGAGAUGGAUUUUUUUUUUUUAAGAAAAGAAGCAAUCUCCUAUAUUUUGGGUUUCCUACCCCGCCCCCUGCUUUCACACAGAAUUUUUUUUAAGAAAAGAAGAUAAAUGGUUCCUAAAAAUUAUAAAAUAUUAUUAUUGUAAUAGCAGGUUCCUUAGGUUUGAUUUUUUUUUGUUUUGUUUCAUUUUAUAUCUCUAUAUACCAGCCCUCCUGGAGAAAAAAAAUACAUAUAUCCAGGAUUGUAACUGGAUUUGUGGUAAUGUUUGUACCCAAAUAUCAGUCUUGCUCCAACCCUCUAUGAAUGUGAGGAGGAAGAGAUGAAGAGAGGUUAAAUCGAGGGGGUUGGGGGAAACAAAUGGUAUAUCAAAAAAGGAAAAAAAUGUUGGCUUGCAGAGUUUGAUCGUUGGAAAGUAGGAAGAAAUUCUGUUUAUAUAUAAAAGGAAAAAAGAAAAAACCUGCACAGAAAUAAUAUUGUAUCAAAUCA